AUGAGCGACAAGCUGGAUACCGUCUACUACAUGGGCGCGCCCGAGAGCGUGUCGCAGCAGACGCCGUCCAUGGCGCCGCCGAAAUACGUGCACCACUUUGACAGCUAUUCUCUGGUCAAGCAGCUGCAGGAGGGGGGUUACAGGGGCGAGCAGGCCGUCACGAUGAUGAAGGCCAUUCGGACCAUUUUGGCGCAUAAUCUCGAUAUGGCGCAGGAGAGGCUUGUUAGCAAGAGCGAUGUGGAAAAUGAGUCUUACUUGUUUUCUGCUGCGUGCUCCGAGUUGGCCGCCGAAGUGAGGAAUAACCGGCGGGCUCAGGAUGAGCAGACGCGGCAGCAGCGCACGCAUCUCCAGCACGAGGUCGACAUUCUGACGCAGACGCUGAACCAGGAGCUGCUCACCCUCAACGACAAUGUGCGGGGGCUGUUCAACGACCGGAAGAUGACGGUUAGAGAGGAGCAGAAGGCAAUGGAGAGUGCCAUUCAACAAAUCAACUACAAGAUCAGCAUCAUGCUGAGCAGCGACUCCAAGUCGGAAAUCGAAGGCGUUCGCUGGAUCCUCAUCCGGCGGUCCGUGGUGGGCAUCCUCUUCAUGGCCAUCUUGAUGCUGGGAACGAUACGGUAUGCCACGUUUGUCAGCCACGAGCGGCAGCGGGAGCUGGACCGCAAGAAGAAGGAGGAGGAAGAGUUGAAGAAGGAUGGCGGCAAGAAUGAUCGCAGCUCGGGGCCUGAUGCGGCGGCUAUUCUGGCAGCGAACUGA